UGCCUCCCGCGCUCCGUUUUUCUUUGCUGUUAGCAGCAAGAUGGCGGCUUUCAGCCCAGCGCACGGCGCCGCUCCGCGCAUUUGACAGAAACCAUCGCGUUCGCCCGACUAGGGCUCUUUCGCACGGCCGCCGCGCGCAACCACCUGGCCCGGGUGGGUUUUUGUUUCGCCCGCCGCGGCUGUUUUGUGUUCACUUCCUGACCGCGCCACCCACCUUCCCCCCCACACCGGCACAAAAUGGCGGACUGGCCGCAGCCCGCGCUAUGCUAGGCGACCGUAGAAGCGGCACAAGCGAGACAAAAACCGACUGAAAGGAGUAUUCCGCGGCGGGGUUGAGUUCACCGAAAUAAUUCGGUAACAUUACCGCCGGCUUUUUGCGUUUUUAACAACACCGCGUAACCGCAGCCUCUCGUCGAAUUAGCCGGGCUAGCUAGCAGGCUAAUGCUAAGCUAGUCGCGGACGGAGCCUCUUUGUGGUCUCCCGCCCUCCCACAACCUCCACACCCCACACACCUCGCACCAAACACGGGUUCUUAGUGCCGGACUUGGCGGGGAGAGGAACAUGGAAGUCCAGCCUGCGGUGCUCCAGCCCCGCUGGAAGCGCGUCCUGGGCUGGAGCGGCCCCGUGCCGCGGCCCCGCCAUGGCCACCGGGCCGUGGCGAUCAAGGAGCUGAUGGUGGUGUUCGGCGGCGGCAACGAGGGCAUCGUGGACGAACUGCACGUCUACAACACAGCUACCAACCAGUGGUUCAUACCCGCGGUGCGAGGCGACAUCCCGCCCGGUUGUGCCGCUUACGGCUUUGUGUGUGACGGCACCAGGCUGCUGGUGUUUGGAGGCAUGGUGGAAUACGGAAAAUACAGCAACGACUUGUACGAGUUGCAGGCCAGUCGCUGGGAGUGGAAGCGUCUGAAAGCGAAAGCUCCGAAGAACAACCCGCUGCCCUGCCCUCGUCUCGGCCACAGCUUCUCUCUGAUCGGAAGCCGCUGCUUCCUGUUUGGUGGACUGGCCAAUGACAGCGAGGACCCCAAAAACAACAUUCCGAGGUAUCUGAAUGACCUGUACUGUUUGGAGCUGCGUCAGGGCUCCAGCGUGGUCAGCUGGGACCUUCCGGUGACGUCCGGCCAGCCGCCACCGCCCAGGGAGAGUCACACGGCAGUGGUGGCCAGCGGGCGCGGCGGGAACCGUCUGGUCAUCUACGGCGGCAUGAGCGGCUGUCGGCUGGGUGACCUGUGGAUGCUCGACAUCGACUCACUCGUCUGGAGCAAGCCCACGCUCAGUGGGACCGCCCCGCUCCCCCGCAGCCUGCACUCCGCCACCGCCGUCCAUAACAAAAUGUUCGUAUUUGGAGGGUGGGUUCCUCUGGUGAUGGACGACAUCAAAGUGGCGACGCACGAGAAGGAGUGGAAGUGCACCAACACACUGGCUUGCCUCAACCUAGACACGCUGUGCUGGGAGACGGUGCAGAUGGACAGCAUAGAGGAGAACAUCCCUCGGGCUCGUGCGGGCCACUGCAGUGUGGCCAUCAACUCCAGAGUUUACAUCUGGAGCGGACGAGACGGCUACAGGAAGGCUUGGAACAACCAGGUGUGCUGCAAGGACCUGUGGUACCUGGAGACACAGCGUCCCAGCGCUCCGUCGCGGGUGCAGCUGGUGCGGGCCAACACGUCGUCUCUGGAGGUGAGCUGGGGGCCGUCGCAGACCGCCGACACCUACCUGCUGCAGAUACAGAAGUACGACAUUCCUACCCCGCCUACGGCAAGCGCGGCCAGCACCGCCGCCACCGCCACUGCCGGCGCCAUCUCGCCCAAGAGCCCCGCCCCUGUCGCAGCCAGUCCUACUAACAAAACCCCCCAGUUGUCUGGCAUCACGCUGGUACCCUCCCCCACAGCAGUCACAUCUGCCACCCCGUUGGCAGCUAGCGCGAAAGGCCCAGCAGUCCUCAAGUUGGCCACACAAGGAGCAGCGGGGGGCGCCUCCAUCGUCACGGUGCGCCAGGCCGCGCCCAAGUCCCCUGUCGCUGUGACCACACUGCCUGCAGGUGUUCGCAUGGUGGUGCCCGCGCAGGUCGGACAAACCACACCGAUAGGCAGCAGUCCACAGAUGAGCGGCAUGGCGGCGCUGGCGGCGGCGGCUGCAGCCACCCGCAAGAUUCCGCCCGCCACAGCCACCGUGCUCAACAUGCCAGCGGGGGCCACCAUAGUCAAGACCAUGGCAGUCAGUCCGGGAUCUGUUAGCCUUCCCGUCACCAUGGUCGGCAACUCGGCGACUCGCAUCCUGAAAACGGCCGCUGCUCAAGUGGGCGGGGCAACUGUUGUCUCCGCCUCCGGCACGCCCGGCCGACCAAUCAUCACGGUGCACAAGUCCGGAACGGUGACUGUCUCCCCUCAGACCCAGGUGGUCACCACAGUUGUGGGCGGCGUCACCAAGACCUACACGCUGGUCAACAGCCCACUGGGGAUGGGAGCGGGCGGCACUCUUAUCAGCAACCUGGGCAAAGUGAUGUCAGUGAUGCAGACCAAACCUGCCCAUACCGUCACGGUCGCCGGUCAGAGCGCGGGCAGCUCGGUAGCUCAGAUCCUGCAGGCAAAGGGUGCCCUCCCUGCGGGGACCAUCCUGAAGUUGGUGACCUCUGCAGACGGCAAACAGACCACUGUGCUCAGCAGCCCACAGGCCGGCUCCAUGGUCACCAAACCUGGCACCACCAUCAUCAAGACCAUCCCCAUGUCGGCACUGCAGGGGGCAGCAGGUGGCAACUGUCCAAUCACCAUCCUCACUACCAAGGUGAUGACGCCUGGCACCGCAGGAAAAAUAAUCACCACGGUCCCCAAAAUCUCCGCAGGCCAAGCAGGCGUCACACAGGUGGUGUUGAAAGGGGCUCCAGGGACGGCAGGUACCAUCCUUAGGACUGUCCCGAAGGCCGGAGUCAGACUAGUGACGCCGGGUGUCACCGGAGCCAAGCCAGGCGUCACUACGUUGGUUGUCAAGGCGACGACAGGUAUGUCCAGUCUGGGAACGAUAACCGGAAGUGUAUCCAACACGGUGGCGGGCGCAGCCUCCAACAUUAAUGCCUCGCUGGCCACGCCCAUCACCACUCUGGCCACCAUCGCCACGCUCGCCGGCCAGGUCACCACAUCGACAGCUGCAAUUUCCGGACCCAAGCAGGUGACUCUGAUCACCACCCCGAGCGGCGCCGAAUCCCAGCCACUAGUCCAGGAUCUGCCCGUCGCAAUCAUGGCCUCUCCUACGUCAGAAGAACCGGGAACUAUGACAAGCACGCUAACCAGCAGCAGUGCAGAGGCCGAGACGGAAGACGCCGCAGCCACUGUGACCCUGGUCUGCUCCAACCCGCCCUGUGAGACCCACGAGACCGGCACCACUAACACCGCCACGGUGGCGACGGCUGGCACAGGUCAGGUACUGAAGGUAUGUUCCAACCCCCCCUGCGAGACCCACGAGACCGGAACCACCAACACCGCCACUGUGGCGUCGUCGGGCAUGAGUCAAGUGCAGAAGGUAUGCUCCAACCCCCCCUGCGAGACCCACGAGACCGGAACCACCAACACCGCCACUGUGGCGUCGUCGGGCAUGAGUCAAGUGCAGAAGGUAUGCUCCAACCCCCCCUGCGAGACCCACGAGACCGGAACCACCAACACCGCCACUGUGGCGUCGUCGGGCAUGAGUCAAAUGCAACAGGUGUGCUCCAAUCCGCCGUGCGAGACCCACGAAACCGGAACCACCAACACCGCCACCACAGCAGGAGCAGGGGGGCUGACACAGGUGUGCUCCAAUCCGCCGUGCGAGACCCACGAGACCGGAACCACCAACACCGCCACCACAGCAGGAGCAGGGAGGCUGACACAGGUGUGCUCCAAUCCCCCGUGCGAGACCCACGAGACCGGAACCACCAACACCGCCACUACGGCCACAGCUCAGCAGGGUGGCGACACUGCACAGGGAGACUCCACAGACCCCGACCCCGCCUCCACCUCCUCCUCCUCCUCUGAGCCAGCCUCCUCUGCUGCCCUUAGCCAGGGCCGCGCCGUUACCAUGGUUACACAGGCCACGCCCACACCUGGACCUGCGGUGCCUGCAAUCUCAUCACUGGUGAAGGCUGAGGGAGACGGCAUCGCCAUGGUGAUUGCUGCCGCAGAGGAGCCCAUGCAAACGGACAGCCAAUCAGAGGAUGUGAUGUCCUCAUCGGCGACAUUGUUGCAGGGCAGCGAGGCUGCACAGAUGGCGUCCACGGACACACCUCCCCAGGAGCUGAUGUCCUCAGAAGUGGACGGCGGAGAGAUGGACGCCGGAACGACGACACUGAUGGUGACAGCCGAUCAGCUGGCUGUUUCAGCGGCGUCAGACGAAGUUCAGCGUGCAACUAUACAGGCCGUCUUGCAGGCGGCGGGACACCUCGGUGUUGCUGACUCAGAGCAGGCCAUUCCCAUCGUGUUGACCCAGCAGGAGCUCGCCGCUCUAGUCCAACAGCAGCAGCAGUUUCAGGAUGUACAAGGCCAAGCGGAGGAGGAGGCGGAGCCUGGCACUGUGCCUACAGAGGGCCUGGCCCCGGCAGACAGCCUCAACGACCCGAUGGCGGAGAGCAACGGUCCCGACGUGACGUCGUCGGCCGUGACCAGCGCCGUAGCCCGAUUGGCCAGCACCUUCGGCCCCGCUCCUCCCCUGACGCCCAGCGCCGCAAAAACCACAGCCGCCGCCACGCUCAGCGACGUGUCCAAUGGCAUAGGAGCCAACGUGGCGAAGCACGGAGUCCUGGAGACCAAGGUGUCCGCCGCCGAGAACCAGUGGUUUGACGUGGGGAUCGUCAGGGUGACCAACAUGGUGGUCUCUCACUACUACGUCCCUGACCAGGGCGUCACCAUCGACCACGACUCGGGCGUGGCGCCGGACUACAACCAGAUGAGGAAGGUGGAGCUGCAGCCGGGGACGGCGUACAAGUUCCGAGUGGCCGGCAUCAACAUCUGCGGCCGCGGGACCUUCUCCGAGGUGUCUGCCUUUAAAACAUGUCUGCCCGGUUUCCCGGGAGCGCCGUGUGCCAUCAAGAUCAGCAAGAAUGUGAACGGAGCACAGCUCACCUGGGAGCCCCCCGCCAUCACGUCGGGCAAGAUCACCGAGUACUCCGUCUAUCUGGCCAUCCAGUCCAGCCAGGCCACCGCCGCCUCGGGGUCCGGCCCGGCCCAGCUGGCCUUCAUGCGGGUGUACUGUGGCCCCAACCCGUCCUGCCUGGUCCACACGCCCAGCCUGACCAACGCCCACAUCGACCACACCACCAAGCCCGCCAUCAUCUUCCGCAUCGCCGCACGCAACCAGAAGGGCUACGGGCCGGCCACGCAGGUCCGGUGGCUUCAAGAAACCAGCAAAGACGCCAAAGGAGCUGCCAAGCGAGCGGCCGCCUCCCCUGAAGUUAAACCAGGCGGACCAAAGAAGUUCCGAGGCAGCCAAUCAGAGGACUCCAUGCUGUCCUGAGGACUGUAAUUGGUUGUCUUGACAACAAAACUUGUAGAAUAUUUGUACAUUCAUCACAACAUUUUUUUUUGUCUGCUCAUCACGGAGAUCAUGGCGGUUCACCUUCAGACGAACUAAAGUACGUUGAAAUCUGACAUGAAAGGUCUGCAGGGGGCGGAGCUUCUGCAGUCGUGAAGUUUAAAUUAUUUUUUUUCCCAGUAGCAACAAAAUAUUCAAAAGUAUUUAGCUUUUCUUUUUUUAUAUAUAUAUAAAAGUAUGUCAGAAAACAUUUCUACUGAGGUUUUUGUUUUGUUUCUGUUGGCGUUUGAUUAUGAAGAAGAUGAUGAUGAGGCAGGAAGUGAUUGUUGACAUGUUGUAUGUGAAUAUUCUGACAAUAAAGAUUUUUAGAUCAUUUUUAA